AUGUCGCAGAGCCGGCCCUCAGCAUUUUCGAGCUUGAGAAUGGGUGAGGUUAUUCGUGAAAAGGUCCAGGAUGGCUUGACUGGCGAAACCAAGGAAAUGCAAUACACUCAGUGUAAGAUUGUGGGAAAUGGAUCAUUUGGUGUCGUCUUUCAGACAAAGCUUGCUCCCAAUGGAGAAGAUGCCGCCAUCAAGCGCGUCCUUCAGGACAAGAGAUUUAAGAAUCGUGAGCUUCAAAUCAUGCGCAUCGUGAGGCAUCCCAACAUUGUAGAAUUGAAGGCAUUCUACUAUUCAAACGGGGAAAGGAAAGACGAAGUCUACCUUAACCUUGUAUUGGAAUUCGUGCCUGAAACGGUCUAUCGAGCAUCGCGCUACUUUAACAAGAUGAAGACUACGAUGCCCAUUUUAGAGGUCAAGCUCUACAUUUACCAGCUCUUUCGCUCGCUUGCCUACAUCCAUUCGCAAGGGAUCUGCCAUCGAGAUAUCAAACCUCAAAAUCUUCUUCUCGACCCAAAUACCGGAAUUCUGAAACUCUGUGAUUUUGGUAGCGCCAAGAUCCUUGUUGAGAACGAACCAAACGUAUCUUACAUCUGUUCGAGAUAUUAUCGAGCUCCAGAGUUGAUUUUUGGUGCGACAAAUUAUACUACUAAGAUUGAUCGGCUUUCGGCCAUUGAGGCCAUGGUUCAUCCCUUUUUUGAUGAGCUGAGGGAACCAGGGACUAGGCUACCAGACUCGCGCCACCCUAAUGGGCCUUCCAAAGACCUCCCUGAGCUCUUCAACUUUACUCGGCACGAGCCCGACGACUAUGAACGCCGCAGCCAGCGUCGACGUUACGAAGAACCCUUAGAUGUUCAGGUCGGCAGGCAGCUCUUAACUGUCGCCGAUUCUGCUUUGAAAAGGCCGGAGGACGACAUCGUCGGCGUUGCAAAGACACUUGUGCAGCACUAUGAUGACGUCGAAGUCCGGAAUACCUUUCUCGAGACCUUGCUUCAAAUGGUCGUUGAACAACCGUUGAAAGUUCCAUUCCUUGCAGCUAUUGUCCUCGUCGCCAAUCCCGAAAAGUCCGUCAUAGCAACCGAUGUGCUCUCGCGCACGGGAGAAAGUGCUCAAAAAUUCAUCGAUACUGGCUCGUGGCGAGAAUUUAAACUUCUCCUCCGAUUUUUAGCUUGCAUGCAAGGUCUUUUUGAAGGCGACGGCAUUUUUGACAUCCUCGAAGAGCUCUUUUCAAGGGCUGUGGAUCUUCAGACAGCGUCAUCUGAAGACGCUCUUGGUUUGGAACUCGUAAAGAUCAUUCUUCUCACCAUUCCAUAUGUCAUUAGCUCCUCGGCGGAUGGAUUUGAACAACAAGCCGUGGCACUUUUGGAGAAAACGGACGUGAUCGCUUCUACACCGCAUUCACUAGAGGCAUUGGUGGAUCCAUAUCCUGGAGAAGAGAAACCAAGAGAAUCGCAGAGCCUUAUUGGUCUUUUGCAAAAGCAACUGCAGGAGGAGUCGACUCAUGAAUGGACCUUAGCUUGUCUUCCUCGGCCGUGGCGAACUAUUUCGGAAGAGAGUUCUACUGAUCUUUUGGCUUCCGCACCGAAGCACACUUUCCCGAAUAUUACAGUGCCUGAAGUCGUCAAUGCCGGCAGUAAGUCAAUAUUGCCGGAAAUUUAUUUCUCUGUAUACACCGAUACGGAAGUAGAGAGCGUUCCACCGACUACUGAUAUCGCAAGCUCACUUUUGCGGGAUUCGCUGGUGGAUACCAUCAACAUUCUUGACUACAAUCGUCAUGCCACAGCGAAGUUUUUGAGUGAGGUCGAUUGCUACUUCUCUCCGGGCAUAUUUGUUAAGCGCGCAACUCCUUUUGAUCGACUUAGAGAGAUCCCUGCAGGCAAGACUACCUGGAAGCCUGAGGAUGUUGCAGUAGAUGCUGUCUUCUCGCAGCUUUUCCGGCUGCCGACCGCGGAGCACAAACUUGUAUAUUAUCACUCCGUGCUCACUGAGUGCUGCAAGAUCGCGCCCGCGGCUAUUGCUCCUAGUCUUGGAAGAGCAAUCCGAUUCUUGUACCGAAAUCUGGACUCUAUGGAUAUGGAAUUGGCUUAUCGGUUUAUGGACUGGUUCUCUCAUCACUUGAGUAACUUUGGAUUCACUUGGAAGUGGACUGAAUGGAUCGACGAUUUGGAACUCCCCGACGUUCACAUCAGGAAAGCAUUUAUGCUGGGUGCUCUGGAUAAGGAGGUGCGGUUGAGCUUUGCUCAGCGCAUCCGCGGGACUCUACCAGACCCAUACCAGCCCAUAAUAUCCGAGGCUAAAGAGAAGGACACUCCUGACUUUAAGUAUGAUAACGACCUGUCUGAACCGCUGGUCCCCUCAACUGACGCGUACGUCACUUCAAUCUGCUACAUCGGUUCCAAAUCUCUUUCGCAUGUCCUUUCGUGCAUCGAGCGCUGCAAGGAGCGUCUGAUGGCAAUUGGUGGCGACUCCAGCGCCGCCCGCAGACAGAUCAUCACGUCGGUCAUGGAGUAUUGGCGCGAGCAACCUGGCGUCGGCGUCAACAUAAUUGACAAGCUGCUCAACUACACUAUCUUAAGCCCCAUGUCCGUUGUCGAGUGGGUCCUUGUCGAUCAUCUCGAUCGUGGCCGUAUACUCUCGCUCAGUCACACUUAUGAAAUGAUUGCGUCUACCGUGUCUAAAGUUACCAAGCGCAUGCGGGAUAUCGUCGCAGCCAGUCGUCGCGAGAACCUCACCGAUGUGGAGAUCAAGAUGCUCGACGAUACCCUGCAGCGAGAGCGGCCUGAGGUCACUAAUCUUUUCAAGCUUAUAGAGGAUGCACUUCUCGGUGUGGCCCAAGGUUCAAGUGACGAUGCCAUAGAGGCAGGUGAUGGCAAUACCAACGAAGAGGCGCUCCUUCGCGCCUGGGGCGAGCGCUGGCUUCGAGUCUUCCGACGAAAACUCGCCGUCGAGGAGUCUCUUUGGCAAGAGGAAUCUGCAAAAGGCGCUGCUAAUGGCAACGCCAUCUCGGCUACAGAGUAG